GUCAAAGGAGAUCGUUUCCGUAGCAACUGCGGCCCGGUCCCAUACCCACAGCGGCCGCUGUUCCACCGGUCCUAGGUGAUCCUCGUCAGUGACCGGAUACCCCCUCUGACUGGCGGCCGCUCGAUAGACAGGGGCGACGCAGUAUCGAGGCGGCGGGUCCGCAGUUCCAUGCGGAGAUGCUAAACAUGUGGAAAGUCAGGGAGCUGGUGGAUAAAGCCACCAAUGUGGUCAUGAACUACUCGGAGAUCGAGUCAAAGGUCAGAGAAGCCACCAACGAUGACCCCUGGGGACCCUCUGGACAGCUGAUGGGAGAGAUAGCGAAAGCUACGUUUAUGUACGAGCAGUUCCCAGAGGUGAUGAACAUGCUGUGGACCAGGAUGCUGAAGGACAACAAGAAGAACUGGAGACGAGUCUACAAGGCCUUACUCCUGCUGGCUUAUCUGAUCAGAAUCGGCUCUGAGCGAGUCGUAACCAGCGCCAGAGAACACAUCUACGACCUGCGAUCUCUAGAAAAUUACCACUUCAUUGAUGAGAACGGUAAGGACCAGGGCAUCAAUGUGCGCCAGAAAGUGAAGGAGAUGGUGGAGUUCAUUCAGGAUGAUGAUCGACUCCGAGAAGAAAGGAAGAAGGCAAAAAAGAACAAGGAUAAAUAUAUCGGAGUCUCCUCUGACAGCAUGGGUGGAGGAGGCGUGAGCUUUAAGAACUCUAACGAAUUGGAUCGGAGCAAGUGGGAUGAGGACUGGGAUAAGAGCAAAGGAGCUUUCCCUUUCAGCGAGAAACUGGGAGAAAUCAGCGAUAAGAUCGGGAGCACCAUCGACGACACGCUCAACAAGUUCAGGAAGAAAGAGCGGGACGACUCACCUGACAGAAUCAGUGACAACGAGGAGGACCGAGCGUCAAGAAACGGUCGGCAGGAAACCGUUGAGUUCAAAGAUGAAGAGGAAACGGUCACAACAAAGAGCAUCCAGAUCACACAAGCGACAGAAACCACAACCACCACCACGCGGAAACGCAGCGGGGCGGCGAGCAGCAAGACGCUGGACCUGGGAGCCGCAGCCCACUACACAGGAGAAAGGAGCCCAGAGGAAAAGUCAUCAGGCAGCAAGCCUUCCAGCGGCGGACUGGCUGACUUGUUGGUGAUUGACCCUUCAUCCACUGACAGAGCUGUAGCAGGAGGUGCUUCAGACUUCAUUGCUGGCUUUGCUGACUUCUCACCUGCAGCUCCUGCCAGCCUCCCCACUUCCACAGCUGCUGCGCCCUCAAGUGGGAAUGGAGACUUUGGGGACUGGAACUCCUUUUCUGGAAAUCCACCUGCUUCGUCUAACCCUGGUCCAUCUCAGCCUGCAGCUGACCUGCUUGGCAGCAGCCAGUCACCCACCACCCCAUCCUCUAAAAACACAGCUGUUCCACCGUCGGCUGAGCUCUUGGACCUGAUGGCUGGCGUUAACCACCAGCUGAACAGUCCACAUGCAACACUCAGUGCAUCUCAGAGUAUGACCUUUUCUCUGGGAGGGAUGAUGUCAGGAGCAUCUGUUGCUAUGCCUACCAUGCCUCAUUCCUUCUCUCAGCAGAGUCUGGGAGGAAUGGUGUCCCAGCAGCCGUUGGGACAACAGCAGAAAGUUGGGGUCGGAGGUCAGGGAUCAUUGGGGUCAACGUGGUCCGACCCGUCUGUAAACAUCAGCCUGGACUUUCUUUCAGCAGGCAUCAACCCCACUAAGACCCCACCCACUCUCAACAAUAUCAUCCAGCAACAAGGAGUGCCUCCCGUCCCCCUAUUGGCUCAAAACUUUGGAGGACUGAACCUCACCUCACCUCCUCAUGUGACACCAAUCAGACCACCGACCAUUCCUGUGAUGGCGGGCAACGCCGUGACGAUGGGGAUCCCCGCCUCCUCCCUGGCUAGGGGCUUGCCACCGUCAAUGACCACAGGUUUACAGGGUGGAAUCCCCGUGGACCAAGGCAUGAUGGGAAUGAACAUGAGCAUGAAUAUGGGCGUGGCGGCUCCAGGAAUGAUGAGUGGCAUGGCAGGCAUGGGGGUGCCAGGAGUAGGAAUGGGCCUAACACACUCCAUCACACCAUCCAUGGCGCCACCCAAACGAGAUGCCUUCGCUAACUUGGGCAACUUUGGAAAAUGAUAAAUGAGUGUGUGUGUGUGUGUGUGUGUGUGUGUGUGUGUGUGUGUGUGUGUGUGUGUGUGUGUGUGUGUGUGUGUGUGUGUGUGUGUGUGUGUGUGUGUGUGUGUGUGUGUGUGUGUGCGCGCCACAGGACUGCUGUACUUGGAAGGCAACCUUGCAUGCUUCACUCUGUUGCAGCUCUUUUUUGUGAGCUGGCACCAGUGAUUGCUCGCCGUCCCAGCGUCCCUCUGCUGCUCCUCACGCAGUGGUGAUUAGAUUUUUUACAAAUUACCACGCAGAGGAACACAGAGGGGCUGUGAAGGUGUGACACAUAACCUAUAGUCAUUAUGUCCCUUUCAGAAAAACCUGUUUUUAUACAAAAAAAAAAAAAACCUUUAUUCAGCUUUUCCCUCAUUGCGUCAUAAAUAAUCCAAUCAGUUAAUCCGAAACUAAACAAACUGAUUUUGUCGUCUUUAUUUAGGUUUGUAGCCCAACAUGUUUAACCUGAUUCAGUCAGAAUUUUUAAGCCAUUUUAAAACAUAAGAAGUGACACAGGGCAGGUGUUUUAAGGCUUUUAUUCUGUUUGUUUCACUUCCUAAAAAGAAUCAGUAAGGGCGUUGGAUCUUUUCUACAUAUAAAACAGUCACGCAAACGUUUGUUGCUGUGAUUACAGGAUCAUUAAGGUGAGUAAAGCAACCCAGACAUGUGCAGCGUGAUGCUCCAGACAUGAUAUUCCAAGGUGUUCCAGGAAAGUAGUACGUGUAUGAAAGUGUACUCUGGCCCUCCAGUAGAAGUAGAAGUACUUCCACUGGAGCCGCACGAGAGUGGGUGGCAUUCAAACGAAGGGCAGAAACGAUAAUUCCUCGUUUCUCCGUGUCUGUCCCCCCCUUUUACAUUUAUUUAGCAAAUUAAAAGGUUGAUUAUUGUGGAGCUCUUCCUGGGUUGUGUUUAAUUUGUCAUGCCUGAUUAUUAUGCUAUUUUGUGUUCUCACACCUGGGACCAUGCAGCGUUUCUUUCCACACUGUGUGUUUUAUGUUAACAGCACAUGACUCAAAGCAGAAAUAUUGGUGUAAAUCUUCAAAAAGUGUUUUUACAAGCAGACAUUCCUCACUCUGAUCAUCUCAUAAACCACAUUUUGGGAGUGGGACCUGUCCUACAUUUAACAUAAGAUACAUUUCCUUUGUUUAAAUGAUGAAUUUUAAGUCUAGCAGAGAUCAAUCCAAAAACGGUUUGUGUGAGAAGUGAGCGAAUGGCGUUGUGUAUCUUGGUUUGACGUGCAAACACAGCUUAUCAUUUUCUGAGGCACUGUCCUCCAAAAGACCAAAUCUUUAUUUUGUUACUCUCAGAAGGAUAAUUCCAUAGACUUCCUUUAAAUAUUUUAUUAGUUUACUUGUAAAGUCAUGUUCAUACAGGAGAAUUACAGCUAAUCGAAUUUAGUUGACUUGAAUAAUGCUUUUCUUUUCCUUCAGUAGGACGUUUUGAUUUGAUUGUACUUGUUUUCUGUACUUCACUCAACAUUAAAUUAAGUUAUAAACCUUAAA